GCUGUUUGCCAACCGCCAAUAAUCAGGAGAGAAGAAGACGACGACCAGGGACUACAGUAGCACCUUGAUCAUCCCACAUCCACAGUUUGAUUCUUUCUCCCGCCUGGACCUACGAAGAAGAUCCACUCAUGCCUGGAAUUCUGCUGGGUGAUGUGUUCCCCGACUUUGAGGCUGAUACCACCGUCGGCAGGAUUAAAUUCUACGACUUCCUGGGCGACUCAUGGGGUAUCAUGUUCUCCCACCCAAAGGACUUCACACCCGUCUGCACCACUGAGCUGGCCUUCGCCGCCAGCAUCAGCGACAAGUUCACUGAGCGCAACGUCAAGAUGAUCGCAUUGUCCGUGGACAAUGUGGAUGAUCACUUAUUCUGGAGCAAGGACGUGAUGGCAUUCAACAGCUCCACUGCUCCUCUUCCCUUCCCCAUCAUCGCAGAUGCCAACAGGAAGUUGGCCACUCUGCUGGGCAUGAUGGACCCCGAUGAGAUAGACCGGGACGGCAAUCCGCUUACUGCUCGCUGUGUGUUUGUGAUCGGGCCUGAUAAGAAACUGAAGAUGUCCUGCCUCUAUCCUGCCACGACGGGGAGGAACUUUGACGAGCUGCUGCGAGUGAUUGACUCCUUGCAGCUGACUGCACAGAAGAAGGUGGCCACUCCUGUCGACUGGAGGCCCGGGGACAAAGUCAUGGUCCUUCCAAACAUCUCUGACGAAGAAGCGGCUAAGCUCUUCCCUAAUGGUGUGACCACUAAAGAUGUGCCUUCCGGGAAGAAAUAUCUCCGCUACACUCGGCUCUGAAGACCACCACAACACCCUCAUUAGAAAUUAAGAUCAAAAGUACAUAAGGACCAAAAUACAUCACUAGUCAUUUAAAUUCAUUCGUGCACUACAAGGUCCAUCAAUAAACAGAGUUAGACAUGUAAACAAUGCGCACCAUAUUGAAAUAAAGCAAAAUCAUCUUUCAA